UUGAGGUCUCAAAAGCACCUUUACCAUCUGGUUUUGCAGAUCUACAUAGGAGCAGUAAACGAGCUAGCUGUUCUAACCGCUGACGAACUUCUCCCUCUUCAUACAGUAAGAACAGGUCCUGUAAAAGACUCACCACUAUGUAACGUUGAUGGAAGCAGCUGCCUUAGAGACGCAAUACUCCGAGACACAGAUAAUCAUAAUAAGGUAUUGCAUGUACUCCCAAGCGGACUGCUACAUUGCGGAUCGGUGCGACAAGGUAUAUGUUCCCUGCAUUCCCGAGAGAAUUUAUCUGUGCUUUAUUCUGGAGAUCUUCCUGUAGCUUCGAAUUCUCCAAGUGCCUCAUGUGUCUCCAUUGUACUGUCAAAACAUUACCUUGCUGUAGCUGCAUCCUUCUCUGGCGACUCGCCAUACAGAGAUCCUUUUCCAGCAGUUGCUCUUAGAGAACUACCCGGCUUUUCUGUAGUGAAUUCAGGUAACCAAAUCCUAGAAGGAGAAGCAGCCGUAUUUUUGCGAGCAGAAGUUCGCACAUCAUUUUCUGUACAGUAUCUGAGUAUAUUUCACCAUCAACAUUAUGUCUACAUUGCUGCUGUACAAUCGCAGGACACUCGCAAGACCAGGAGUGCCCCAAUGGUUGCGAAGUUGUUGCGGUUUUGUGAUAAUGAUACAAGUGCCUCAUGUGUCUCCAUUGUACUGUCAAAACAUUACCUUGCUGUAGCUGCAUCCUUUUCUGGCGACUCGCCAUACAGGGAUCCUUUCCCAGCAGUAACCAAAUCUCAUAUUUUAUUUACAAAUCCUAGCAAUGUAUGGAUAUCCUCCACAGGAAGCCUGGAAGGAGAAGCAGCCGUAUUUCUGCGAGCGGAAGUUCGCACAUCAUUUUCUGUACAAUAUCUGAGUAUAUUUCACCAUCAACAUUAUGUCUACAUUGCUGCUGUGCAGUCGCAGGACACCCGCAAGACCAGGAGUGCCCCAAUGGUUGCGAAGUUGUUACGGUUUUGUGACAAUGAUACAAGGUAAAU